GCUGCAGUACAAGACAGUGUUGGAGUUCAUCCCAGCGUAGGACAAGAUCCUCUCUGGGGAAGCAGCUGAAUGAUAUCGAGGACCCCGACAACAUCAACUGGCCAACAAGACAGCCAGCUCCACGAGAGACCUUAUGAGAAUCAUUUGACUGGAAUGAUACUGCUGCUUCAGGCAUUUUAAAGUGGGACAAGAAGUGAAGGGACAAUGCGAGUCCAGGUGCACACCAAGUUCUGUUUGCUGUGUGUGCUCACGUUUCUCUUCCAUCAGUGCAACCACUGCCAUGGAGAAGGACACCACCAUCAGCACGAUGGACAUCACCACAGUGAUCACAGCAGCGUUCACAGCGACCUGCAGAUUUCUGAGGCUCCAUACAUGAGGGGAGUCACAGUGUCCCCAGGGUCCAAGAGCGUGCAAGUUGCGGAUGCGCUUGAGGAGGAGCAGCACUUCUAUAUCCAGCAGCUUUUCAGGCGCUAUGGCCAGAAGGACCGGUUAGAUUUCCAGGGCUUUCAGAGUCUGUUGUUUAGCUUGGGUUUGGGAGAAGUGAAGGUGGUAGGUGUGAAUCAUGAGGAUCUGGGCCAUGACCAUGUAGCCCACCUCGACCUGCUGGAUAUGCAGGAGGGGGUGCACUCACAUUCAUCCACUAAUGAUGGCCAUGGCCACCAGCAUGGUCACGGUCAUCCACACCAAAAGCCAGACUUCCAGCAUCCACACACAGAACGAGUUCCCACUCGGUGCAGCCAAACCACUGCUGGUGCACCCAUAGAACAUGACCAUGUUCAUGAUCACGACCAUGACCAUGGACAUAAUCACAGUCACACUAAUGUAGAAGAUAGUGACACACACGACUACAGUCACAAUCACACACAUGACGAAGAGCACAAACACGAGCAGGUUAACCACAUGGACCUGUCUUCCCACCCUCACACUGACCACGACAGCAGCAAUCACAGUGAUCAUGAACAUGACCACAAUCACAUUCAUGAAGUGCACACAGGCAUAGAUGGCACUCCCCUCAACCAGGAGCAGCUGCGUUCUGCCAACUUGGAGCCAUCUCAAGUGCCCCAGAGGCUGCAGCCUGCUCCUGCUACAACAGCAAUCCGGCCCAAGAAACCCAGGAAACCGGGAAGGGUCAGAGGACAGCGGGGGCAAGACAAAACCCCUUCUUCUCACGUAUCUCCGUCUGGUGACCAUGACCAUGAAAACAGUCAUGACCAUGAUCGCACUCAUGGCCACAGUCACUCUCAUAAAGAUAAGAGAGAGGUACCGGGGGCACCUCCCAUUUCUCAGUCUGUCCCCAAACCAGCUAAUCAUCCAGGUGGAUUGUUGCAUCAGCAUGAAAAGUGUUUGAACAUCACUCAGCUCCUCACCCACUACGGUCUUAGUUCGGACUCACUCAUCUCCCCCAGCCAGUUCACCUAUCUUUGUCCAGCCUUGCUCUACCAAAUAGACAGUCGCGUCUGUAUCCGCCAUUACCAUCAGAUGGAUGUGGAGCAGGAAGCCUCUGAGUCUGUCAGUUCUGUGUGGGUCUGGAUCUGGGGAUUUGUGUCCAUCACCAUCAUCAGCCUGCUGUCCCUGCUGGGUGUCGUACUCGUGCCUAUCCUCAAGCAGUCGUGCUUCAAAUUCCUGCUCACCUUUCUUGUAGCAUUGGCAGUGGGCACGCUCAGUGGUGACGCUCUCCUUCACCUGCUGCCUCACUCCCAAGGGCAGCACGACCACAGCAAACAUGGGACGAUCCAGGACGAUGAUCUAGCAACAGCUUUUGAUGGAGUGUGGAAGGGGCUUACAGCCUUGGCCGGCAUCUACCUCCUCUUCAUCAUUGAACACUGUAUUGGCAUGUUUAAGCACUACAGAGACCAGGGGGGCAUGAAGAAAGUGAGUGAGGAGGGCAAUAUUGGGAGGAAGUUGUCCGAUCAUAAAUUAAAUCGGCGCUCGGAUGCAGAGUGGCUGCACCUGAAGCCGCUCAGUGAAGACCCCGACAGCACAACCGUCUCCUGCGACAACAGCCACAAUGACACGCAGCUCACUGAACUCCACACACCCGACUCUCCCACCAACAAGACGCCCCUGGCACCCUCAAACCCCCGUCAGUCCCCCACCAGGGAGAAUGGAUGUAAAAACAAGAAGCACGGUCACGGACACGGGCACUCGCACGGACACGGUCACUCUCAUGGGGGAAACUGCCACUCAGACCAGGAGAUGAAGGAUGCUGGUAUAGCCAGCAUUGCCUGGAUGGUCAUCAUGGGAGAUGGCAUGCACAAUUUCAGCGACGGCCUCGCCAUAGGCGCAGCAUUCAGUGCAAACCUGACAGGUGGCAUCAGUACAUCAGUGGCUGUUUUCUGCCAUGAAUUACCUCAUGAACUCGGUGACUUUGCGGUGCUGCUGAAAGCCGGGAUGACGGUGAAACAGGCUAUUGUCUACAAUCUGCUGUCCGCCCUCAUGGCCUACGUUGGCAUGCUGAUUGGUACAGCUGUGGGCCAGUACACGCACAAUGUCACCAACUGGAUCUUCGCCAUCACAGCUGGCAUGUUCCUUUAUGUAGCUCUGGUGGAUAUGCUGCCAGAAAUGCUUCAUGGGGACAGUGAGGACCACAAGCGCUGCCAGCUGGGACACUUUAUCCUACAGAACCUGGGCAUGCUGACUGGGUUCGCCAUCAUGCUGCUCAUCGCCAUCUUCGAAGACCGCAUUGUUUUCGAUUUUGGCUUCUAG